AUGGCAUCUUUCAAAGCCCUUCUCUUGACAGCAUUCGUCUCAGCCGCUGCGUAUGCCGCGAAUACCACGGAUUACGAUUGUCCAGUCGGCUGGCUUCCCAACACUUGGAAGGAGACAAGAUGUUGCUCCGGCGACAUGGUCGUCAAUGACACAGACGCCUAUUGCUGUGUCUCUGACAUGAGAUUUUACAAAGAGGCUCUCACCAACACGGCACUGCUAUACGAAACCGCCACGACCACGACCACAGGCGAUGAUUACAGUCGCUGGGCCACGUUGAAAGAGACCUGUGUCGCAAAGGUUCCCUACACACUGGCAGCCAGCGACUAUUCUUCUCAGGUCUCUUCAGCAUCGAAGAAAGCCGAAGCUACUCCCACCAAUACCACCGCGACUACUACCAACUCUGCGGCUACCUCGGAAGCCACCUCCGGUUCAGGUUCGCAGGCCUCGACACCGACUUCGAACGCGGCCAUGCCUCUUGCUACGGCUGGAGAUGUUGCAUUAGGAGGUGCGGCACUCGCUGCAGCUCUCUUUGUGCUGUGA